AUGACAGUCAAGGCGGAGCAACAAGUUGUUUCUAGCGAGGAACAACCUUCAAGAACCGUGGAUAGCAGGUUAAGGGAUUUCAAGAGGAUGAAUCCUCCCAUUUACACUGGAUCUAUGAUUGCUGAGAAUCACGAGAAGGAGUGUAGGGUAGAUAUACUGCAUGCCAGCAUGGGCCUUUCUAGGCUUAUGGUCCAUGUCCAACAAGUGGAGGAAAACAGGAGAAGGAAGCAUACUAGGGCAGGGAACAGGUUAAGGCAAAAUAAGAACAAUUUUUCAAGUAAGAAUAGUAUUGAAAUUAGGGAUAAGACUAGAUUUAAAAAGGGAAUCUCCCACCAAGGGGAGUCAAGUUCAUCCAAGGGUCAUUAUGAUAGGGAUUCCGAGCCCAGAGUUAAGAGAAUUAGUGAAGUAGAUACACCUCAGGAGAGACCACCUUGUAGAAAGUGUGGAAAACUUUAUGGAGGAGGGUGUAUGAGGGGCUCUAACGCUUGUUACAGUUGUCGCAAAACGGGUCACAUGAUGAAGGAUUGUCCGUAUAUGAGAGGUCAAGAAAAAGGGAAGGAGAAAUUUCAACUGAAUGUUUCAAGUGAAGAGGCUCCGAGGAGGCAAAGAUUCUACGCUCUCAAUUCUAGGGGGGUAGGGGAAGACACCUCCGGUGAUUCCUCGGGUGUGUAG